AUGAUUUAGGAAGGGAAAACACCAAAAAAUAGGGUUUAUUUCAAUACUGAAUAGAGCGAAAUAGUAGGCUAGUUUCAAAAUCACAGUAGUUUAGGUCAUCAUUUUUUUUCAGAUUCCUUUAAAAGUCCACCUACUAAAUCAGAGAGGAAGUUUGUAUAUGUUAGAAGAUUUUUUAAUUCUUUAAAGAAGAGAGUGGAGGACAAUAGUUCAAUAUCGAAUGAGUUGCUAGAUUAUGUAGGAGAUAAUGCGGCAUCAAAAUAAUAACAUGGAUUCAACUUGAACUUCAAGUUACUUUCAACUCACAUGGAGAUGGAAUUGAAAAUUAGAUUUUAAGAAAAGAUGAAGAAACUAAUUGCUACUUAUUUUGGGAAUUUAAUCCUGUGGUUGGGCCGGGUUGAAUUAUUCAAGCCAGAAUCCCCUAUUAAAAUAGUUUGGGAUCUGGCAUCUUUGGUUUCUCGAUUAUACUUUUUAUUUCUAAUACCUCUUGAUGUAGUAUGGAAUAAAUACUCCUUCAUGUUUGAUCUCUAUUAUAUUUAAUCAUUUGUUUUUCUUUUAAUACUAUUAGGAGAUUUAUUAGUGGGACUAAAUACAUCUUAUUAUACUGAAGGGAUAUUAGUAACUGAUAGAAAAAAGAUAGUCAAACAUAAUUUCUUGAAGUGCUAUGGAUUAGAAUGGAUGUCAACAAUUUAAAUAUUGAUAUAUCUAAUUUUGACAUAGGAUGAUGAAAUUCAAAUUAAAAUAAAGGAUUAUAGAAUAUAUCUAACACUAAUAACAUUUUUGGUUCAUUAUAGUACAAUAUAGGAGUGCCUGAUCUAUUAUGAAGAAGGAUUAAACUUGAAUAAGAAAGCCUCAUCAAUUUUAGAGUUGAUAAAACUGAUUGGUGCUCUUUUUUUUAUGGUCCACUUCUUUUCUUGCUUUUGGUUUUAUAUUGGAGAAUAUAGUCAUAGAGCAUAUGGUACUAGUUGGAUGGAAAAAGUAGUAGAUGAGGACUGGACUGUUCAAUAUGUACAUUCUGUAUAUUUUUCUGCUGUGACCAUCUUUACAGUUGGAUAUGGUGAUGUGACUCCUUAAACUAAUCUAGAGAAAAUAGUUUGCUGUUUUUUUAUAGUGUGUUCAAGUCUUUAGCUUCCUUAUAGUAUUAAUACAGUUGGGAUGAUUGUCCAAAAUAUCACAGAAUAUGGCGAAGACAAGAGAAGAAAGCUCAGAAUUAUCAACUCAUUUAUGCAGCGAAAAUAAAUUCCCUUUAAUUUGUAACAUGAAGUCAGAUAAUACUUGGAUUACUUUUGGUAAUUAGACAAGGAAUAAGAGGCCUAGGAUGUUAAUGUUAUAAUAAAUUAAUUGUCGGAAAUGUUAAGGAAUAAAUUAGUUUAGGAAUCCAAUUCUAUAAUUUUGAAUUAAUGUGCAUUGUUCAGGUACAGGUUUACUGCAGCUUUUAAGGCAGAACUCAUAAAGUCUUUGAAGAGAAAGAUUUUGCCUCCUGAAUCUUUAGUGGCUCAGAAAAAUCAAUUGGUUUACAUUGAAUAGGGCAAAAUAGAGUUAUUUGGGGAUAGAUAGUGCAAUUUGAAGUUGAAAUCUUUUUCUAAGGGUAAUACUCUAGGCUUAAUAUCCUUUUUAUUGGGUAAUGAAUAACCAGAAAUAUAUAAAAGCUAAGGAUUUUCAUUGGUCAUGACUUUAUCGCAAAGGAAAUUCUUGAAAAUCUUAGCAAAAUACCCAGCAGAUUAUGAAAUAUAUUGUUAAAUAAAGGAUUAUUUGAUAUUUAAUGGGAAUGAAACUAGUAUAUUCCCAAGAAGUUGUUAUAUUUGCAAGUCAAAUUACCAUUUUUCAAAGGAGUGUCCAUAGGUACAUUAUGUAGCAGACAAAGAAAAAUUAAUUAAAUAAUUUACGAUUGAUUCAUAAUAAGGUCGAAAAUUUCAUCUGAGGGGAAAGAUCAGUUAAAAUGCAAAGCUUAUGAAAUAGUCACUAGAGAAAAAUGCUUUUAUUAUACAGCAGUAAAAUAGUGAUAUUGUUCGUAUAUACGAUUUACCUGAAAAGAUAGAUGAUCAAAUUCUAAUCAACAGUUUGGAUUGCUAUAAAAAUAUCAAGCUGGGGAUAAAAGCAACGAAGUAAAUUAAAAAAAAAUUCUAAUGUUUGGUUCGUAAAGUAGUGAUGAUUAAUAGAUCAUAUCCUCAAUUUAUCAUACAUGCAUUUGAGUCAUUUAGAGCAAAAACUAAUUAUUUUAGCAAAUUAUCAUAAUUGAAAUAGAUGCAGAUAAGAUAUGACUAUUUAAAAUAAAUAGGAGGCAUAGAUUUGAAAUUAUUAGACACUUUAGAUUACUAUAUCAAGAAGAAUUUAGAGACGCCGUUGAUCACAACGCUGGAAUUUGAUUAGCCUCAGAAUUUCAUCCAUUACAAUCCUAAGUUUAAUUUUAGUAAUGUCAAGAUCAAUUUGGAUAAAAAUAAAUUAAGAAUUAUUACAUAGUUUUUGUGUUACGUUUUGUAUCCUGCUCAAAUAAUUAGAUAAGUUAGAGCCACUAAAUGUACAGUGGACUUGAUUACAUAUAAUAGGCGGAACAAUGUUAUAAAGAAAUGA